GUGUAGACCACUCGGUCAGCCGUCUUCGAUGUGGUGGUUUGUUAUGUCUGGGGCGGCUCUGAUGCCCUGAAGGACAUUUAUGUGGACGCUUGCGCAGUUGCUGCGCUUCCGAUUGAAUGAGUACAUUCAUUCAGGUCGCCGUGCGAUGUUGACCCCACACUCCUUUCUACACUUGCAGCUGUGGUCUAUUAGUCUUCUGCUACUCAUUCCUCAUGCAUCCUCCAUAGCCUGCAACAGAACGAUAGACGACACUGACGGCGAUUCUGUCACUGGCGUGCACCCGCGCUAUUCGUCCUACUGGAACGACGGCCCAAGUUGCAGUGGAUGUUCGGCACAACCUGAGGCGGAUGAGACUUUCCAUGGCACCUGGCACGACACGACCUCCAACAAUCCAAUGGGCAGCCCUGCGCACAACGUCAGUAUAAGCUUUCAAGGCACAGCAAUCUGGGUAUAUUGCGUAGUCCCAAACUACAUCUUGAAUGCCGAUACACUCGUGAACAUUGAUUUUACCCUGGACGGUGAAUUCUCGAAUACGUAUACGCAUUCACCAGAGCAGUCGGACACAUAUGACUACAACGUGACGGUCUAUAGCAACACGACCCUCAAAAAUAUCAAACAUACUCUUGUGCUGACGGCAAAAGAUGACUCACCAUCCAUCAUCCUGUUUGACUGGGCCAUGUAUACGUUCGAGGACGAGGAAUCUGAAGCCUCGACCUGCCCAUCUCAGACGCGGGUCCCAGCGACGACAGGGAGCACAACCGCUGCUACGACGCCGACAUCGAGUACAGCCGCCGGUGCAGCGGCGACACAGAUCCAGAGUACAGACGCUGUUGCAACGGCAACACCUGUACAGGCAAGCAUGACUUCGCAUUCACAUAAUCACAUCUCCGCCGUGAUCGGUGGUGUCAUAGGCGGUGUCUGUGCCUUGACCGUCGCGAUACUGUUGUGUUUCUAUAUCCGCAGGCGUCAGUUGCUCCCAGGUCGUUUGCCGUUGAAGGAUCGCGACAGCUUGGACGUCAAAGGGGAGGAGGCUAUCAUCGAGCCAUUUCCAUUAUAUGCACAGACAUACGCCGCUCCUCGGACACAUGCACCAGGGCAUCUGCCCAUGAAAGGAAGACUUGCCACAGCCGCUUCGUCAUGGAGGUGGCAUGCAAGUACCACCCGUAGCUUGGAGCCCGGACCAUCGAUCGAGCCGCCCACCGUCGCAUCCUCCGGCGGUACCACAAUCUCGGGGGGGAGAUCACGGCGCGAAGCUCUUGCGUCCCAGAUUCGCGAAAUGAAAGAGGAAAUCAGGAGGUUACGUGAAGUCGCACUGCGGACGCCAGUGCCCAAGGCCGACCCACUCGCGGAUGCAUCGCUGAGGAAAUCGUAGCGUCGCUUGAAACAUCGUCUUCUUCGCAGGUGUACAGGUUCAUACCUUUGGAAGAGGUAUCACUCCGGCCGACGGGUAGUACUUUCCGAAUCCCGGGUCAUGGCCACCACGACUCGGUGACGGCGGCACCAGUGGCACAGCGUUGCGAAUGCCCUUUUUCUGGACAACGAUACGCACCCCCCUACUAGUAUGGACAGAGCAUGUCUGCUUCUAUAUGUAUAUGGUCACAUCGUCCGUCUGUCCUGUUCAUUGCAUGGGAGAAUAGGAACAGUAGCAUGUUGACAAGUCCGCAGUGCGCGGCCAGUGCUCGCGGUGGUACGUCAC